UCUGAAACGCCAACUUCAUGAUCGAUUAGUGACGAUCAUCAUAACCUCAAAAAACAGCAGCGAGCACGAUAACAACGCUAGGAAUCUACUUACGUAAAAACAAGAUGAUGACACCGCGAUAACGAGAUACCUGGAACUCGAUUUUGCGUCGUUUCACCUGAUUGCGAUAAUUAGCCCAAUUUCCUACAAUUUUUUCAUUGAUCCCUGACGAGGAGCAAGAUGGAGUAGCGGAGGACGGCGUUGAAUUGGUCGGAAGAGUUUUUCGACCGACACAGGCAGAGAAAGGGACGAUAUGGAGAAAUACGGCGUCGAGUUCCCGAGGCACGAGUGGAGCCACCGCCUCAGCCUUCGUGCUAGUCGAAGAAGUCACCAGGGCGAGGUGGCUACCAGAUCUGUAACCGGGUCCAUGAGAAGCACGCGAAGAUGGGCCAGCUUGCGACAGCACGUGAGCAACAGCGACGGUGGCAAGCCGAAGGUGGAGCUGUUGCUCGAUCCCCCGGGAUCCAAGUCCUCGACACCAUCUUCUCAACCGCAUACACCCAACACCCCUCGAACUCCUCACACACCGCUGAGGAAAUCCAACUGGGAAGUGAUCGAGCACUUCACUGGCGCACCACGUCCCUCCAUCGUCACGAUGAGCAGGGGAUCAGAGGUGGGAGUUGGGCUUAGAACCGGGAAAGAACCGACACAGGAAGCGAGCGUUAACGCGACGAUAACUCAGCCAGCGAGGAAAUGUGCGCUCUGCCGUUUUUUGAAGUCGCUGUGCGCCUCUCACCGCUUCAAAAACUUGCAGGUGGAAAUGCUGUAUCAACGCUACUUUCUCAGGAUGAACCAAAGCAACAUGACGCACGUCCUCGGCUUACUAGCGGGGCUGGCGUUUGCCCUAGGUAUGCUUCUGAUGCUGAGACUCGUUGUGGAAGACAGCCAACAAUUCCUUGCCACUUUAGAGAGGCCAGAAAACCUGUCGCUAGCAGUGACGCUGGUCGUCUGCGUCGCAAUUUAUGCUGCCUUGGUAGCAGCGAUAUCCAGGCCUGGGAUGAACGAAAUCUGGUUAGCCGGCGUGAGUGGAAUAGUCCUGGUGACUCUACUGGCGCUGCAAGUGGCUUUGAACGUACAUCUGGCGCUCGGAUCAAAGGAACAUCGUAGCGGAGGUCCUUUGGCUGCAGUGUGGGCCGUGUGCUUCUUCAUUUACAUGGCGUACGCACUUCUGCCCAUAAGGCUGCGGCACGCGUGCAUCGCUGGUUUCAUUUUCUCGCUGGCGCAUCUGAUCGGAGCAUUCGUCCUCUACCCUUCGCAAUAUCCUGCCAUGAUGGAACACCUGUUAAGCUCUAUCGUGGUAGUGGGUGGGACAAAUAUGGCAGGCGUUUUGACGCAUCAUCCCCGUGAACUGGCACAGAGGCAGGCCUUCCUGGAAACCAGGCAAUGCGUCGAGGCUCGAUUGACUACACAGAGAGAAAAUCAGCAACAGGAACGGCUUCUAUUGAGCGUGUUGCCACGCCACGUAGCCAUGGAGAUGAAGGCAGACAUCGCAGGGAAGCCGAAAGAUACCAUGUUUCACAAAAUUUACAUUCAAAGGCACGAGAACGUCAGCAUCCUGUUCGCUGAUAUCUGCGGGUUUACUUCGUUGUCGGAUCAGUGCACUGCCGAGGAAGUCGUCAGGCUGUUAAAUAAGCUGUUUGCCUGCUUCGACACGCUGGCGGCUGAGCACCAUUGUCUUCGAAUCAAACUACUCGGCGACUGCUAUUACUGUGUCUCUGGACUUCCGGAACCGAGACCAGAUCACGCUCGUUGCUGCGUGGAAAUGGGUUUGGACAUGAUUAGCGCCAUUACUUUAUAUCGAGAGGUUGGCGCGGUGAACGUGAACAUGAGAGUGGGGAUACACACAGGCAGAGUUCAUUGCGGGGUCCUUGGCCUGAGGAAGUGGCAGUUCGACGUUUGGAGCAACGACGUCACCCUGGCCAACUACAUGGAAAGCGGCGGAAUACCGGGACGAGUGCACAUCACGAAAGAAACGCUGGACUGUCUUGAUGGAGUCUAUGAGGUGGAAGAGGGUCAUGGGGGUGAGAGAAACGCGUAUCUGAAGGAGCACGAUAUCAAAACCUACCUAAUUGUCCCCGGAGACACGUAUAAGGGUAACUUACCCUCGUCUGGGCUGAGGAAAGGUUUGCCAGCGAAUGGCAACGUGUCGAAAGAGAUGAGAGUGAUGGGACAUGGUUCGCAACACGGCAAACAGAACAAAUUAGGGUUUGGUGAGACGACCGAGGCGAAAAAGGACCCGGAGGACGAGGUGAACGAGUACCUGAUGAGAGCAAUCGACGCCAGGAGCAUAGAUCGAUUAAGAGCGGAGUAUUGUACGCCCUUUGUUCUAACUUUUCGUCUGCCUGACGUCGAAGGGAAGUAUUCGCGCGAAAGGGACAGAAUGCUCUCGGCAUAUUUCGUCUGCUCCGGCUUCGUCUACAUGGUCGUCGUGAUUGCUAUAGCGAUCACUCUACGAGGGAGUGGAUACUUUUACACGUGUGUGACAGUGAGCACGUUGAUCAUCGCCACAAUCAAUGGGAUACUACUGGCAGAGAAGAACGAGAGAGUGCCACAGUGUCUGCGAGAUUUUGCGGUGCACGUGUUCGAGAAUCGAGGAGUCGCUCAGGUGUUAGCCACGUGUGUCGUGUUUCUCACUUUCGCCACAGCUUUAUCACCGUUGGUAACACUGGAAGAUGGUCACGUGUGUGGAAACGUGACAUCUUCAUUGACCGAGUGGCCAGAUAAUUCAAGCGUAACGUUCCAGAGUAUCGACACGCCCGUCGAUGUUUGCUAUUACACUGUCUUUGCUGACCUUUUUCCGGUACUAGUGAUGCUAGUUAUGAUAACCUGCGCUGUCUAUCAGAUUUUAACAUCGGUGUUCAAAGUAGCUAUACUAAGCCUAGUAGUCGCUUGCUAUUUAUCCAUCAGUAUCUACGAAGCCAUACACGAAAGAGAUGUAGAAUUGACUGGAAGAUGGUUAGCAGGUGUUCUGGUGAUUUUCUUUAUGACGUGUCUCAUUGCUCAUUCCCAGCACACAGAAGCUACUUACAGGUUGGACUUCUUAUGGAAGUUGCAAGCAACUGAGGAGAAAGAAGAAAUGGAGCACCUGAAAGCCUACAACCAAAAGCUGCUGGCCAACAUACUUCCGGAACACGUGGCUGCCCACUUCCUAUCUACGGUUAAUUCAGACGAAUUGUACCACGAGCAGUGCGACUUCGUUUGCAUAAUGUUCGCCUCGAUACCUAACUUUUCCGAGUUUUACGUGGAGCUCGAGGCGAAUAACGAGGGCGUCGAGUGUCUCAGGCUGUUGAACGAGAUCAUCGCCGAUUUCGACGAGCUUCUAGCUGAAGAGCCGUACAAAUACAUCGAGAAGAUCAAGAGCACUGGUGCCACGUACAUGGCUGCAUCCGGAUUAACGAAGAACACCUGCGACAUGAAAGAUUACAAGCACGUGACCGCGAUGGCAGACUACGCGCUCAGGAUACGCGAACAGCUGGCGUCUGUUAAUGAACACAGCUUUAACAACUUCCGGUUGCGUGUGGGCAUCAAUAUUGGACCGGUCGUCGCCGGGGUGAUAGGCGCCCGAAAGCCGCAGUACGAUAUUUGGGGUAACGCGGUAAAUGUGGCCUCGAGGAUGGAGUCUACAGGCGUGUUGGAUGGGAUUCAGGUCACCCAGGAAGUUCGCGACAUCCUAAUCGCCAAAGGAUAUCCGCUCACCUGUCGUGGUACCAUUCAGGUGAAAGGCAAGGGUAGCAUGGUCACUUAUUUCCUGGACGGUCCUCGCGAGGCAACCAAGGCCAACAAUAUCUACAGCAAUAGCAACGAGGAGAAAAUCAGCUCUGUGACGAAUGGUAAUUUCGAUGGACCUGUCUCGCCCAACGUCGACGUCUGAACCAUCGUUUUAUCUCGUAUGGUCCAUAGGGGCCGAGAGAGGAUUUAUGGAACGAGAACAACAUUUUUCUGUAGGGGAAAAAAUAUUCCUAUUUUCCGGAUGUGCGAAGAAUUUUCGAACGGCGAAAAGUGAUGGUAAAUGAGAAAAAGAUACGCUGUCCUUUGGGUGAAAUAGUCGGCUUCUGGAUUCAGCUUCGUAAUCUUUGCUGAAGCAAAAAAAAAGAAAAAAAAAGAAAUUUGAGGAAAGAAAGGAAUCCAAAAGCAAAUAAAGAAAAUGCAAAAUUACGCGGAGGAAAUCAAACGGACUCUCAGAGGAAAUUCAAAGAAAUCAAAAUUCAAAGGAAUUAAGAUCGAACGAUAGUUGUAGCAACGUUGCAAUGAGAAAUCAUGUUUAUAAACACGAGACAGCCAGACGAUAAUAAUCGUUCCCUAUAUUGCUUCGUGUUCUUUCCCCGAUCGAUAGAAGCAAGACAAACUCAUUGGAAAUAGAAAUAAUAUCGUGUCUGAAGUUGAAGAUGAGGGGAGAGAUCAAGCUCCUAUGCAUAGUAUUUUUCCAAACAGUCCAAUCAUCUGUGCACUACUUAACCGUUAGAAGAUUCAGAGAGGAGAAAUUCGAAUGCAGUUUAGAAACUUGGAUUCUAGCGGGGAGAUAGAAGGGAGGAACAUUGACGUUAGAACUACUUAACUCGUCGAAAAAAAAUGUCUCUUUUUGUCGUUAAUAUUGGGUUGGCAACUAAAUGAUUGCGGAUUUUAUCAAUACCACCUAAUGGCAAAAUCCGCAAUCACUUAGUUGCCAACUCAAUAGAAACACGCGUGUUUUUUCAAGGACAUCGAUAUUCCUCGCAAAGUCUUAAACUUCCUUUUUUUUUUACACUCUGUAUAUAUCACGUUGUCAUUAUUUUCAUGGUAUUUAGAGGUUGGUAAUUCUGGUGUUGAAUUAUUUCGCUGUCUGUUUGCCUGUCCUACGAUCCACCGACUACCGUCCCCAAUGACGAUGAGAAUCGAUUUCUAAGAUUCGUCGAGUAGUCGUGUGUGGAAUACGCAGGCGAGAAAUCGUGUAAGCUCAAACUAACUUCCAUUAUGUAUCUCACCAAUACAGCGCGCUAUAUGCAGCAUCGUUAUAGUGCGUGUCGUACUUAAGCCGUAUCUCACUAUUCUCUCCGAUUAGCUGCUUCGGUUGCAUUCUAAUCUGAGGAAUAUGAUCCUUCUAAGUUGUCAGCCAUAUCAAUUUACAGGCUUUGGGAUCAAGUAACUAAUUCGGUGGUCAAAUAUCGUAAUGGAGAUGUAUAUCUGCAGAAUAGAAUCGCUCGAGUACAGAGAAUUGUGCACGAUUCGACGAAUUAGUUUUCCAAGAGGAUUGUAAUUUGGAGAAUUGGUUCUCUAGAGGGAAGAUAUUACGAAAGUAUAAUUUGACAAAUUUCUCAUUUCUUGUUUCGUUUUAUUUAAGGUAUGUGGUCGAAUUAGUGGAUAAGAUCUGUAAAAAGAUUCGAUAAUUACGUUCGAUUUGAGUAAAUUUUCAAACAAUUUUCAAACUUCCUACUUUUCUAAUUUUCAAAUGAUCCCACAAUCGAAUGUCCUGGUUUUCGAAUAGCCCGCGUUUCAGUUUUCCAUUCCCAACGUACCAAGAAAAACAUAAUCUUCGAUACGCUUCGACGCGGCGACAGUUCGCAAAAAAUCAUGUCGAUCUGUUCGAACGAUAUUUGACCAAGCAAAAGGACGCGAUUACAGAUUCGAUGGUGGUAAUUUGAUAUCUGGCUGUCAGCUCGUUACGCCCGUUCUUCUAGUCAAUACACGAAAGAUUAAUAGGAGAAGCUCGAUACAACGAAACCGUGGCUGGGUUCUUCGUACUGAAAUUUCGUUGGAAAAAAGAACAGAGCGAGAUGGGACCACGGCAAGUUUCUACGAAUGAGUUCACGACGAAUAUGAACGAAAGAAAGAAAAAAAGAGAAAGAAAUCUGCUCGAAGAAAAGAGAAAAAAGACUCACUAUUUUUACAUUUCUCUUUUUUUAACUCUAAUUCAUCGACAAGAUUGAUCGUCGAUUAAUGAGUUUUUUAAUCACGUGUAAAGAUCAUCUUCUAUAUAUAUACCUAUACAUAUAUAUACAUAGAAAAUAUAUUUAAAAAUAUAUAUAUACUGAAAAUAUUUUAGAUAAGAGAAUACACGAGUUUCUGCACAGUGUAAUUUGGUCUGAUAGUAGAUAGUGUUUAUCGACUAAACAAUGCCGCGUAUGGUUGCACUAACGAUACCUUCUAAGCAACCGCAACUGUGUUCUAUAAGUCAAUAACGUGUUACUACAGAAUUCUUUCGCAACUUUCUGUUCAUUCGGUGAGAAACGUAGUAAUACGAUUUUUUAUCCUUCUCAAUAAAAUGGGAAAUAUUUUAUUGAAAAUAUUUUCAAUACAGAACGUAGUACUACGUUUAUCGAGACUUUACGUUUAUUAAGAGAUUUGUGGCUGUCGCAGAGCGGAUUCUCUCACUUAGCGCUGCUCUACGUAAUACUGUUCGAAGCUUUCGGGUGGAAACUCAAAAGGAACCUGUUUCCAACGUUUCGCCAGCAUUGCGGCUGACAGCGACGAGCCAGGACGCGAACACGAUUCACUGCGUUUUUAAACUGUGAAGCAGCUGGUAAAAGAAAUUUCUUUUGGACUCGGUUUCUACCAGAGAGCCUCGAACCGUGUCGUGUUUGUACUCUUGUGAGUGUUAAGUGUGAUAAAAUUUUUUAAAAAUUUUGUAAUAAUUCCAAAUUUCUUAAUUUUCGACUUUUAUCAGUUUUCAAUUUUUUAACUCAACUUCUGCAAUUUCUUCAAGCUGCCGAGUCUCCUAAUUUUCAAAUUUCCAAAGUCUCAAAUUUCCUUACUAAUUUUAUUGUUCUCCGCAUUUCUAUAUUCGCUAAGAAAAAAAAAACGUAUUACUACGUUCGUAAAUGUUUAGCUAUGUAUUUUCAUUUCAGUUAGAAAACUGUUAAAUAAUCUACAGGCGUGAAAUUUCCUAAGCGAUUUAAAUGCCUAAACUCUUCUUUAUUUUGUACCACCGUACGAUUACUUUGAAGAGGCAACGUCCGUGUCGUGUAUGCAAGGCGAGUCAAAAGUCACGUCACGCUAUGUAAUUUAAAUGAAAAAAUUCCCAACGAAGAUUAUAUUAUAAUUAUGAAUAAGCGAUACAAGAUCGAUGUUCUGACAUAGUCAAUAAAGUAAUGGAAAAUCGGAGCCUGGUGCGCUGAUUCAAUUACGUGUAUUAGCAAACUUAGCGAUUUUAAUCACUAGAAUCUAGUGACAUUUUCGUAUCUAUCGAUAAAUUGCGCGUUUCUAUGCAUUUCUAGGAAAUUGAAAGAUGCAAACGUUUCUCACGUUUGACGCAUUCAAUGUACAUAGUAUACAAAAAUUACGUAUCUAAAAGUUAUGAAACAAAAUGCUUUCUCAGUUUUUUUUCAUAGAAUUUUGAAAUUGUUAAAUUCGUAAUUUAAUAUUUUCUCCUUUUUUUUAAUCAAAAUUUCUUUCUUUCUUUUACAAAUCUUACUUUUCUUAGAACGUUUUAAUUCCCAUAAAUACGUGACUGAACGAUACGAUAAAUUAAAAUUACAUUCGACGAAAGAUAUUUCGUACGCAGUGAAUCGAUGAUAAUAUUUGAAGAUAUUACGACACCAGGCUCUGUACAAAGAGAAACUUAGAAACGAAUUAAUCGUCGUGCGUAGUGUCUGUCGUGAUCGUGAUGGAUGUGAAACUUUCCAAAGAGUCUAAUUAGUCGUCAAUUGAAGUUGAUCUUGAGCUGAUAGAGCGAGCCUAUAAUUCAAUGUUUCCUCUUGGCAAAAGAAAUUGUAUUUUGAUGUUGCUGGCGGGUCCAGCCGUUGAUAAAUGUUAACCGACGUUACGAUCGAACCAACCGCGGGCCAUCGUUCGAUAGAUCGAAUUAAGUUCGACUUACGGAUGCUUCGAUGAAAAAUUAUCCAAAUAUUUUUCAAUAGUUUUUCCACCCUUCCAACUUCAUUUUUGCCGAUUAAAAAUAUUAAAUCGUACACGAACGUACGUAUUUCUCCAUUCUUAUUAAAAUAUUAUACUAUUGCAACAUUAAAAUAUUGAAACGUUAAAAUAUAAAAUUUCUUUCAUCGAGGUAUUAAAGUACGAACUGUUAUCGUUAUCUUUUGUUAAGAUCUCUUCGAUUAAGAGAGAGAGAGAGAGAGAGAGAUCUAUCGAAGCACCUGUAACUUAAUAUUACAAAAAAAUAAGCUAAACUCUGUCAUAUCAAGUGUAAGUGUGCAAAAGUCCAACGAUGUGUUAGCUUUCUAGCGGUAAACUGUUUCAAACGAGUUCUCGCUGUUAUGACUGAUGUUGUAGAGAUCCUUCGUCAAGGCAUUCGUUAAAAAAGAAGAAAAUUCUGGAAGAACGAAAGUCUCCGUAGAGAUUGGAGAAAUGAAAAUCAAAUAGAAUCUGACUUUCCAACGAAAAAUUAUUUUUCGAACCUCUCUGCGAUACUCGUCUUAGAAUGAGAAUGGAAACUAGUCAAUUUGAGAUGAAGAUGAAGAUGCGUCAGGCUUUCGCCAGAUUCGAGGAUAAUCGUUACUCUUCCUCCGUCUUUCGUGUAAUUUCUCGAUGGCCUAAUCGCAGCAACCUGGAGUCCAUACUGAACGUAUAUCAUAGUUAUUAAUCGCGGCAUGUGAUUUGCCAGGAAUAACAUGAAAUAAAUUUUUAUUAAAAAGAAAA